AUGGAACACGUUAUGGAUCAUACCUGGAGGGCUUAUGAGGAUCGAACACUCUCUGAGCUUCUACAGUAUGAUACUGAGUCUAAUCCAGACGAUAUAGAUGAGUAUAUCGAUCCGUUCGAUAGCGGGCCAGAACCUGGAGCCGCAAAUCCUGUCCCGGAUGAGGUAACUCAUAUUCCGACCCCCUUGACCUUUCAUCCAACCCAUGCUGUAUCAGCUGCUGUGAUUGAAUACGUGCCUUUGCUCCCAGAGUAUCCAGAGACUCGUUACUAG